GUCCAAGGCUCCAGCGGAGAGCUUCGGCGGACACCUGCAGGUUCCAGCUUCGAAGGUUUCUAUUUUUCUACAAGCUUUGCUGUAUCAGGAAAUGGAAACUUGGCACAGAUUCAGCAGAGAAGAGUGAGGGAGGGGAGGAGAGUUGGGCCAGUCUCUGGGGCUCCUCCUACCAAAUUCUCUCUCAGUUUCGACUGCCUCAACAACUCCUGCAGCUUCGGGCUCAGUAUAGGCAGCAGCGUGCUCCAGGCUCCACGCGUUCCAGGCUCCCGGUGCUCCAGGCUUCCCGCGUUCCAGGAUCCCCGCGUUCCAGGCUCGCAGUGCUACAGACUUUCUUCGCCAUGAACACCAACCAGACACUCCCCCUGGGGCAAAUCAAUCACGCUUUUCCAACUCCCAAGUAUGAGCCACUCUCCGAGGAGCUAGAUCCACGGAAGCCGGGGCAGGAUCCAGCCUCUACUGUCAUCAGUGUCCACUCCUAUGAGCCUCCCGCGAAGGAUUUCUUAGUUUGGUCGGUGUUCAACACGUUGUACAUGAACUUUUGCUGCCUAGGUUUUAUGGCGCUGGUCUUUUCAGUAAAGGCCCGGGACCGGAAAGUGGUGGGUGACCUAAAUGGGGCCCGGAGCUAUGGAUCCACAGCCAAGUGUCUCAACAUCUUCGCUCUGAUCUUCUCUCUUCUGCUGAUCGUUCUGUUCAUCAUCCUGUUCGUCACCGGCAUGAUAGUUUGAAUUUCAUCCUUGGAAAACUACUUCCCUUGAGCAUUUAUUUAUUGAGGAAUGGCGCUUAUUUUAAAAAGUGGAGUCAUUUCCCCAUAUAUCUGGCAAAUGAGAUCUUUAUCAGAGACGCUCAUUGCAAAGAUUUUCCCCCAGUUAUCCAUUUCCAUCCUAAUUUUAACUACAUUAGAUUUAUUUGGAAAAUAAACUUCCUAAUUUCAUGUGAUCAGAAGUAUCCAUUUUACCUUAUGGUCUUCUUUAUGUCUUGUCGGGUUUCAUGGAGGGCAGCAAGAGCCUGACAACCAGUACCUAAUGCUGUCAUUUCCUGGGACAGUGGUAAUGCCCCAUCUUUGUGGACACUAAGGUGGUCACUCAGGUUAUCAAUGGUGCCAACCAACUGCAUCUGGCUGGCAGGGAUAGCAGUUUCCCCAAACUUGUGGCCUCCCAGGACGGCUUUCCAUGUUGCCUAGCGUCUUCUAAUUUGAAUGGGGGUGUGAGAAAUAAUUCAUUUGGAACCCUACUCUAUUCCAGCCAGUUUGAUAUUAUUACGGAAAUCAUAUAGAAAUAGAUAGGUUCUUCUAGUGGGCCUUAAACUUGAACGUAAUGUUUACUACCUGUGUCCCAAGUUAUGAGGCUCACUGGGGCAACCACAACAGUGAUGACAAAGACAUCUCCAUCCUGUUUCGCUCAAAUUCUAGGCCCAAGCGCAGCAUGGGUGGGGGUCCCCCGACUUAUUUUUGUACCUCCGGACUAUUCUCUUUUGUUCAACAUGAGCAAGUAACCUUCUAAGGACCAUUCAGUCCCUGGAGAUGCCCCACUCUUCACCCAACCUGUGACUUCUCUGCUUUUAUAUGUCAUUUUUGGCUAUUGAGAGAAAGGUCUAUCGACCAAUGAGAUUUUGCAUUCUGUAUUCUGCCAUGCCUCUUUCAUAUUUGGGUAUCAAACCCUAAAAUAACAAGGUCCUAGAAAAAGAGGGCAUCUCAGAUCAGAAGGAAGAUCUGAGGUCCACUUCAUUAGAUGGGACUUCGGACCCUUCAAUAAAGUGCCUUGGCUCAGAACUCUGCCUUAGUCUCUUUGUAGUUUGAACCAUUUUCAUCCCCAUAUGUUCUGGAAUCCUUCUUUUCUUCUGGUUUUGUGUUCUUUGUCACCCUACUAGCUUUUUUAUAAAAAAUAAAAUAAAACUCACAACAAAAUCCUACAA